AUGGCGCCACAAGACACAUACUUCGACGAGGAGGAGGACUGCUGCCCUCUCUGCAUCGAAGAGUUCGAUCUUUCAGACCGCAACUUCCGACCGUGUCCAUGUGGGUAUCAGAUAUGCCAGUUUUGCUUCAACAAUAUCCGGACGAACAUGAAUGGGCUCUGUCCAGCAUGUCGGCGCCCAUACGAUGAAAAAACCAUACAGUGGAAAGUUGUCACACAGGAAGAAGUUGCUGAAUUCCGCGCGAAUAUUCAAAAGAACCAGAAAAAACGCGCCGCCGAGCAACGCCAAAAAGAGGUACAAAAGCGCGAAGCCGAAAAAGAGAACCGCAAGAACCUUGUCGGAGUUCGGGUCGUUCAGAAAAACCUGGUUUACGUGACCGGGUUGACGCCGACAGUACGCGAAGACGAGUUGCUCAAGACUCUACGGAAGCCCGAGUUUUUCGGCCAAUACGGCAACAUUCUCAAGAUAUCGAUCAGCAGCCGCAAGGGGACCGACGGGCAAAAUCAAUCCCUUGGUGUAUACGUGACGUUCGAGAGGAAGGAAGACGCUACUCGGUGCAUCCAAGCGGUUAACGGGUCUCAGAACGGGGAUAGGGUGCUGAGGGCUCAGCUGGGAACUACAAAGUAUUGCUCGGCCUGGUUGCGUCAUGAGCAGUGUACCAAUCGGCAGUGCAUGUUUUUGCAUGAGCUGGGCGACGAGGAAGACAGCUACAGCCGGCAGGACCUGUCCUCGAUGAACAGCAUUAACUCGCAGCGUCCUAUCCAACAAAACUCCGGUCCCUCGCGCUCCGCUUCAAGGCAGCAGGCUCACCCAUCGCCGUCCCCGGCCAUCGCCCAACCUAUGGCCAGGAGCUCUAGCCAAGAUGGUUCAAGUAACGGUGACGCCCCGGCUCUCCCAGCUUCCGCCAACUGGGCCCGCAACCCGCAAGUCCGCAGCCGCCGAGGGAGCCAUGCCACCAGCGCUGCAGCACCCAGCCCAGCCAUCACGAAUUCGCUGCCGGUGACCGCCGAAUCCGCAGUCGAGGACGCGCCCGCGGAAUCAGCUGGCCCCUCGCCCGCCGCCCGCGCUACCCCGCCUGUACCCGCCAGCAAGCCUUCGGUCCCGGCGACGGAAAAGGUCCGGCGUCUCCCGCAGGAUGCCCUCAGGUCGCUUCUUAAAUCACUCGAAGGCUGCUCGCUCGCAUGGCCGAAGCCUGGGGGUGACUUGCCAAAUGAAGAAUUCAACACUCUGUAUCCCCCGCUCUUCGACGUUCGUGGGGGCAUGCGUCGUCGCGCACUUCGGGUAUCCGAGGAUAACAGCAGCGAAGAAGACCCGCAGUCGGCCAGUGUUCGGGAGCCAUCGGAAGGCGAACCUGAGAGCAGCGGCAGCCUUGCCUUGGGUGGCGAGCCCGAGGACCGAGACCACGGCCGCGAUGGUCCCAGCUUCGACUCUCGCCGAGGCGCCCAGCCGCCCAUCCAACGAGGCAGCACCGAUGGGCUCUUCGGCCAACCCGGCUCUGCCUUUGGACAGACGACCUCGGGCAUCAACUCAUUGGGUGCCAGCCGCACCGUGACACCGCAGCAGCCCGCCUUUAUGCGACAACCGAGCAACUUCGGCGACCACUUGUCCAGCCAGGGCAACUUGUUCCAGGGUCAAGGAGGUCAGGGGGGCCACAACCGACAGGGCUCUCGUUUCAGCUUCGCCAACGAAGGACGGGAGGCAGCAUCGGCUACGUCGGUCAAGCUAGCCGCGAACCCACGGAUCAUGGCGCAGCAAUCGUCGAUGAUGCCGACGUCGUUCCACAGCCAGCCCAGCGGGCAGUACUACGCGGGAUCGAUGCCGGGCCCACCGCCCGGGCUUAAGUCGACGGGCACGCCACCGGGCGUAUUUGGGCAGCACGGGUUUGGAUCAGGCGCAUUUGGAGGCGGCGCGUCCAAGGACAGCAACGAGAUGCUGCGGCUCUUCCGGAGCGGGGGGGCUGGCAGCCAGCAGCAGGCGCACGACGCCGCCAAGCUUGAUCUUGCGGACCCGAGUAUCCUGCAGGCGAGGAUGCAGUCUCAGCAGCAGCAGCAGCAGCAGCAGCACUUGCAGCAGCAGCAGCAACAGAGCAAUGCCGGGCUCGGACAGGGGCUGUUCGGGGGCCAGUCGCAAGAUGACGAACUGCCCUCGCUCGAAGAGGUAAGAUCCAGCAUCGAAGCGCUGGUGGCCGACGAACCGAUCGAUACCAACAUCCGGUACCCCCCGGGCGCAUUCGAGUCGACGUCGUUGUCAACAGGCCGGUCUGGCACACCAUCGGUGCCUCCUGGGUUUUCUACUCCCAGCAGCCGUCCGUCGCCCGCGAUUUCACAUUCGUCUCUUCCUACGACUAUCACAGCUGGGGGACACCAGACACCGCCUGUUGCGCUUCCUAAGGUACCUGCCAAAACACCAGUGGCCGUGUCCAGCCCGCUGGCGAAGAAGGUUGGCGGCGUGUUGCUGCCUGAAUCGUCGAAGAAGGCGGUCAAGGCCCUGGCUGUGGAAACGGGGCUGGCUAAGGAGAUUGGAAAGGCCAAGGCCAAGGUGUUGCAGGAUGAAGAUUUCCCGGCGCUUAACUCGCCCAAGGCUCGGCCAGCUACGCCUACGCCUGUUGGGCAGGCCAAGGCUACGGUUGGGAAGAAGGCUGCUGAAAAGGUUUUCGAUAAGGGCAAGGGGAAAGCGAAAGAUAAGGGGAAGGAAAAGGAACAGUCGGUGGCUGCAACGACAGCAUCAUCAUCAACAGCGACCCCUGUGCCGACCACAGUUCCAACUCCGGCCCCCGAACGGAGCGAGACGCCGAAGCCGGCGCCGACAAAGGUUGCUGAGCAGUCCCCUGCGAAGUCACCGGUGAAAUCGCUCGAAAAGACCGCCGAGAAAAAGACGGAGAAACGCCCGGUCCCAGGUAUUCUCAACAUUGCGGCCGCUACCAAAGCGUCUCAGUCUCCCGUCAAGAAUUCCGAGCCACAGUCGACCACAACGGACCGCGACUCGGCGUUCCCCGCUCUACCUGCUGCGACCCCAGUAUCUGUCUCUUCGCCACUCGCCCGGGCGGCUCCCAAGACGCUCCCCACGCCCGUGCUGUCGGCAGCUGCGGUGCGAUCAGUGGCCAUGCGCCCUGAGACGCCCGCCAGCGAGCUCAUUUCCGACACGGCAUCGCUCAUGUCGGCGUCCAUCUCGGCGUCGCGUACUAACUCGCCGCCGCCGCUGGCGUCGUCCAAGAUUGGAUCGGCUCCCGUGCGAACGACUACCAAGAGCCAACAGCGCAAACAACGCAAGGAGGCAAUGAAGAAGGAGUCGGCUAGCAUCGCGGUACAGCCGGUCAAGGCGGAGGCCCCGGUGGAGAUUGGGCCGAUCGUGGGGCGGAAGAAGAAGCAGAAGAAGGAGAAGGCGGAGAGCAAGGCGAAACCCGCUGGGAAGACCGCUGCGGCUGCGGCUACGGCUGCGGCUGUGGAGAAUCGUCCUGAGACACCGCGUGCCGUCGCUGCUAGUCCGGCUAAGGGGAAGGAGGUGGAGAGUAAGGAGGUUAAGGAGGUCAAGGAGGCCAAGGAGGUUAAGGAAACCAAGGAGAGCAAAGAGAACAAAGAGGGCAAGCCGAGCAAAGGCCACGAGAAGCUCGACAAGGGUUUCGACGCAUCGAUCCCCCGCACGCUGCCCACGCCGGCGUCGGUGCUGCACGAGCUCCAAGCAGCCGAACUCCUCCCCGAGAGCCUGGCGCAAAUCUCGUUCUUCCAGUCGGUAGCCGUGCAACUGGACUGGCUGCGCAACGACGCCCCGACUGCCGCGUUCCGCGAGCAGAUGGCCAAGAGCUCCAUGAUCCCAACCAAGUCGAUCGUAACCGAAGACGACCAGGCCGCGCUAUUGGCAGGCGAGCCCGUCCGCAAGACCAUCGACGGCACGCGCUUCCUACUGACCCCCAACGGCGACUGCAUCCGCAACCUGCGCGAAGAGGAAGAAAAUCGCUUCCUCGAACUGCAACAGCUAGUCGCCGAAGAAACCGCCAGCCCGGCCGCGUUUGUCUCCGCGCGCCACGAUGCCGGCGGCGGCUUCAGCCUCAUCAAAGGCCGCGCCGUACCUAACGGCCCCCCCAGCUACUUCCCACCAGCUCCUGGCGCCUACCCCUCCGACCCGGUGAAUAAGAUCCAACGGGAGGAGGCCAUCUACUACAUCAACCAGUACGUGCUGCCGCGGCUGAACCUCAACUCGCGUGAUAUGAGCCUGCCCAAGGCCAUGUCCACCUGGACCACCGACCCGCGGGGAUCGGCAGCUGCGAAUCUCAGCUCUGUCGCGCCGUGGCUGUACGGGGGUAUUGCGGGUAUGAGCGGCAUGGCCGGUUUUGGGGGUAGCGGCGCCGACUCGCCGACGUGUCAUCUGCCUCCGCUUUCGCAUGACGAUUUCAUCGAUGCCGGUCCUGCGCCCCCGGAGUUGAGUUACCCCGGUCCUGUGAGCGCGUUUGUAGAGGAGUUUGAUCAUGUCGGCGGGCCGGGGCCGUACUUGGACGUUGAUGUCACUGGUGCCGUUGGCGGGCAUUUACCGACUGUCGAGGAAGUCUUUGGUCCGGCUGCUGCUGCAGCCGCCGCGGCCGCUUCAUCAUCCUCUCGCCAGCACCAACACCACCACCACCAUCACCAUCACCACCACCACCACGGCCACCACACACAUCCCGGACAUUACCAGCAGUCAACCACCCCAUCGCCGUCCCCUUCAGCCUCAGGCCUGGCCACCGGACCGGGAGGACCGGGGGGGACCGCGGCGUUGAACUUUACUUCGCCGGGCCCGUUUGGUAAUGUGCCGUUGAUGUCGCUGGAGGAUGCGGAGCAGGCGCUGGCGGUGUCGAGACGGGAGACGGAGAAGUUGGAGAAGAGCUUGUAUUCGUUGAUGAGGAGGAAUAAGAGGGUUUUGAUGCCUGGUUCUGUCACUGGUUCAGCGGCGGCGGGUGAACAUGGGAUGGCCGUCGCAGUCGCUCUGGCUCGUGUACUCCGCGGCCUGAGCAGUAUAGGCGAGGCGGGGUUUGCUGCCGUGUGGAUGGCUGUGUUGCUUGUGGAGAGUGUCAUGGCUAUGGCGGCGAGGGGGGCGGUGGUUGUUGUUGAGGUGUUGUGUGCGGUUUUGGAUUGGGUGGGGGCUGAGGAUUAG